AUGGCGUCGUCGAAGGUGAUGGCGUCAACGUCAUCGGCGAAUCCGGAUCUGCCACACCAGCAAUCCUCUAUACAUUCCCUCACAGUCUCUGAACAGAGCAAAAAUUUUGGCUCAAUGAACAUGGACGAACUCCUCAAGAACAUCUAUGCCGAUACAGAUUCAUUUCCUCCCUCCACCGAUGAUGGUGGUGGUGGUGGUGGUGGCUCCGUCGUGGACGGUUGUGGAGGUGUGAAGAAUGAAGGGAACAAGACGGUGGAUGAGGUGUGGAAGCAGAUCGUGAGCGGUGGAGGGAAUAGUCGGGAGUCGGGGAUGACUUUGGAGGAUUUUCUGACGAAAGCUGGUGCGGUGAGGGAGGAGGACGUCAGGGUUUCUCCGGUGAUGGCUCAGCCAGAGACAGAUGCGACGUCAGGGUUUGGAGUGGAACCGAUGAUGAAUGUGGCUCAGUUUUCCCACAUGCAAUCCGGGCAAAACGGGAUGGGAGGUUUUGGGGUUGAACCGGUGGGGUUUGGGAAUGGAAUUGAUGGAAGAAUGGUGGCUGUGGGGACAAGUGCUGCUGGGGGUAGUGGUGGUGGGAGAGGUAAGAGGAGAAUUGUGGAGGAGCCGCCGGUUGAUAAGGCGACGCAGCAAAAGCAGAGGAGGAUGAUCAAGAACAGAGAGUCUGCAGCGAGGUCGAGGGAACGAAAACAGGCUUACACUGUUGAGUUGGAAUCGUUGGUGACGCAAUUGGAGGAGGAGAAUGCUAGGCUUGUGAGUGAAGAGGCUGAGCAGACCAAGCAGAGGUAUAAACAGGUAUUUUUUCAACUUUCUUUGGACCAACUAUGCUACAGCAUUAUUCAUGUCAUGAAUUUUGUCUAGUACUGCUAUCAUAUAAGACAUGAAUGAACAGUGAGCAGUCUAUCAAAUGGCCAUAUAAGAAAAUUUGCAGAAUUGAAAACACAAAAAGAUGGUGCCUAUUGAAGUUUAAUUGCAAAAUCAAAAUGCAUUGCUCUUGUUAAUUUUAAUCCAUUAGUGCCAUUUUUUUUCCUGAGGUUAGAAAAGAAAAUUAUGAACUAAGAUUUGAGAUUAAAUGAGUGCUUUAAUUGACUUAAAAAAAAUGGGUUGUCUAAAUAAGUUUUCAUAAUUUGAUUUUUUUUUAGAUUGGCAUUUGCACAUGCCAUUGUGUUGUUGAUGCAGUUUUGGAAUUCAUUGACAUUUCCUUAGCUUCUUGCCACAGAUUGAUGUACUUA